CACACACCCGACCCCAGUCUUCCAUCCUAUCGUCUUCCCGUCGAAACCUCUGCUCUGAUGUUCUGCUGAAGCACAUCGCCCCAGUUCAUACGGCGAUGAAUCAAGUCGUCAAUCUUCCUGUGCGACUAGAGGUAGCCAACCACCUGUCCCACUGAGUAAUAUUACGGAGCGACAGCCCCAGCACCCGCAUCGAGGAUUUGUAGUGCGACGAGUCCCGCGGAUCAAAAGUCGCGAAGAGACAGAACAUUCUGCAUCAAUACACACACCCACACGCACUCACCGUGCCCGCUGUAACCAUUAGAUACUUUAGGAUGGCAGCCACACGCACUGAUUGACUUUAGUUGACAGUAGGCUUUUCAUAUCUUUUUUUCUUAAGAAUUUUUACAGAACUCAAGCGAUUACCGGUUCAAGUCUAAUUUAUCAAUUCUUCGCUCUUAUUUUCCAACAAAGACAUUGACCGGGAUAACACGGGAAGUCUCUCUUAAGGAUGUGCGGCAUAGACGUGGACCUGGACGACGGAGGGGAAGAAGGGAAGGAGCAGGAGGAGGAGUGCGGCAUGGGAUCGGAGCGGGUUCAGAUGCUGCCCCCUCCCCCGGCGCACAGCGACGCGGGGGCGUGGGGCGGGAGACGCGGGCGGGGCGGGUGCCUGGCCUGGGCGGCGGCGCUGGCACUGUGGAACGUGGCGGUGGCGGCCGCGUGCGUGCUGAUCAUGGCCGCCGUGUUUGCCCUGGUGCUGCUCCCCACCGUCCUGCUGCUGUACGCCGGCUUCCUCUGCCACUCGCGGGUUUUGAACUCUCCUUCACCUGUCUGCCGGUACCUUGACGACAACAGCUGCUCUGCCCUCAUCAUCCUGGGCUUCGUGAUGAUGUCACCGCUUGUUGUGGUGGCUGCAGCCACCUUCUGUGGCCUGGCACACAGACUCCACCUCUUCCUGCUGUUUCAGCCAAUGGCACGUGCCCGGCACCGCGGAGGAGGCUGGGGCUGGGACAGACAUGUUCGGGCCUGGGUCUAACUGAGCAUUGUUCUGGCGCUGGGGGUUAAAUCUUCUCCUGGAGAGAAAUGUAUUCACCUGUAUGUUUUACCCUGAAUGUAAUCAUUUUAGUGACCCAAUCAGUGUAUGUUAAGUGUCAGAA